CGGAGCGCAGAGAUACAGCUGCAUCUUCACAUGCAGUUACAGCAACAAAAAAAGGCUCAAUGAAUAAGAGACAGGCAUAGCACCGAACCUGCCUGCAGCGCAUCUGCACGGCACAACCCUUUGAUGAUUUCUUUCAAAGAAACAUCUGACAGAUGAUUCGCUCUCGCUAUUUUACCCAUCUUACGGCUCAGUAAGAUUUCCACCAUGGUGCUCGGAAAGGUGAAAAACUUCUUCGUCAGCUACGACUGUCUCAAUGACAGCAACGUCCCCGUCUUCGCCAGCGGGGACUUCGUCUCAGGUCGCGUGGUCGUGGAAGUUACCGGAGAAAUCCGCGUGAAAUCCCUGAACGUUCACGCCAAGGGACUGGCGAAAGUUCGCUGGACUGAAUCGCGCAAUGCUGGAUCCAACACUGCCUACACGCAGAAUUUCACUGAAGAAGUGGAGUAUUUAAACCACAGAGACGUCCUUAUUGGACACGAUAGAGAUGAUGACAGCUGCGAUGAGGGCUUCACCGUUCUUCACUCAGGGCGCCACGAGUUUCCCUUCAGCCUCGAACUGCCCCAGACGCCUUUGGCGACAUCCUUUGAAGGCAAACACGGCAGUGUACGGUACUGGGUGAAGGCGGAGCUUCAUAGGCCAUGGCUCCUGCCCAUGAAAACCAAGAAGGAGUUCACUGUCUUUGAGCACAUUGACAUCAACACUCCAUUGUUACUGUCUCCUCAGGCUGGCACAAAGGAUAAAACCCUUUGCUGCUGGUUCUGCACCUCAGGGCCUGUAUCACUAAGUGCCAAAAUCGAGAGGAAGGGCUACACUCCAGGAGAGUCUAUCCAGAUCUUCGCAGAGAUUGAAAACUGCUCUUCCCGUGUGGUCGUGCCAAAGGCAGCCAUCUACCAAACACAGACCUUCUUUGCCAAAGGGAAGGUCAAGGAGAUCAAACAACUCGUAGCUAACCUCCGUGGAGAUCCUCUACCUUCUGGCAAGAGCGAGACUUGGGACGGCAAGAUGCUAAAGAUCCCUCCCAUAUCUCCUUCCAUUCUGGACUGCAGCAUCAUCCAUGUGGAAUAUUCACUCAUGGUGUAUGUGGACAUCCCUCGAGCUGUUAACUUGACCCUGAACCUGCCCUUGGUGAUCGGCACCAUUCCGCUCCACUCCUUUGGCAGUCGCACCUCUUCCGUCAGCAGUCAGUGCAGCAUGGCUAUGAGCUGGUUGGGAUUGCCCGAGAGACCUGAAGCUCCACCAAGCUACUCUGAAAUCGUCACAGAUGAGGAGCGACAGAACAACUUGGAGCUCCCGGCUGUGAGGGAUGAGAUUGAAGGACCGCUUUACGCUUACAUCCAUGAGUUUCGCUUCCAGCCUCCACCUCUGUAUUCUGAGGUUGAUCCCCAUCCCGAGCAGGUGUGCGGCUCCAUGGAAGGGAGACCAGAUACCUGUCCAUCCCGCUGAAGGAGUUGACCACACCUGACCAGUGCUGUCAGGGAUCUCUUAACUCUACAACCUCAACUGGGGUUUGUUCUUCCUUCAUGAGGAGGUACAAGUAGCCAUCUUGGUGCACAGAUGGAUAUCCUCCAGGAAACACUCCCAAUCUGAGUCAAGUCCAGCUCAGCGAUCACUAAAAUCCGCUGAAGAUCUUGAGUGAUUCCCUUCCUCCUCCAUCCUUGGUGAAAAGAGUACACACAAGAUUUGUCGGAGUAAAACUGUGCUCUUGACACCAUGAUGGAUUAAACGCAACACCACUAGGUGUGAGAACUGUGUCCAAACAUCUACAGCCUUGCUUUGGAUGCGGUUCUGCACUUAUUUGAAUGAUCGAUUUGCUGAUCAUUAAGCAACAAAUAACUCUAGCCAUCCUGCAUCCACUCCAAAAAAACAAUGACAGACUUGUCAAUUGUUUGCCAUUUCUGGCUUUACCAUUGGUUUUCUUGAAAAUCCUAGAUGCGGAUACAAGACCUGCUGCAAAGCAUUAUGGAUGGGAUUCUGACAUGCCACGUUGCCUUUCUGCUAGAAAGAAACUGCGAGAGCAUCAAACUGAACAUGGCACUGAUUCAAGUGGCGAAAGAAAAGAGACCAUUGACGGCGAACGAAGAGGACUCUCAUCAAGAUGCAAGACAUUCCUGAAUUAGUCCUCCUGCUCACACCGUUACAAGAUACACAGAGAACUGCACUCCAGAACUCGUUUAGAGCCUCGUACUAUAUGUACAACUAAGAGCUAACUAGACUCUUUCUUUUUUCCUUAUUAUUCUGACUGGCCUGUUGGCUUUUUUUUUUUUUUUUUUUUUCUCAAAAACAGUUAGCACUUUUCAUCAAUUUGCAUUCAAAGUGUAUACCGAAGCUUGGCUAAUAUGAUGCACAAGUUUAACAAACAUAUGCUCUAACGUUUACAUGUGAUUUUAGCUAUGUUUGUUUACAUAAGUGUGCUGUUAACAGACAAACUAGAGUCACUAGCUAUACGUUUGGACUAAUGGAACAAUCUCUGUGGCCUUGGCACAAAAACAAUGUUUGUUUUUAUCACUGUUUAUGGCUGAAUUUGUGCGCUGUACUGACAUUUACCUAUACCUAAAAAAAAGAAAAAGAAAAAAAAAAGGGACUAUGUACUUUUUGUGAACUGUAUGCAUCCAUACCUUGAUGUUUGUGCUUUGGGUCAUGGUGAUUUUUUUUUUUUUUUUUUUCUAUUAUAUUGUUUUAUUUUAGAUACUAUGAGAACAUUCUCAAACAUGCACUUCCAGGGAAUUAAAGAACCCUCAUAAAGACUGAACAUGUAAUGCAUACUGCAUAUAGGAAGCAAUGUUACUCUUCAGUCAGGCUGGUCCAGAGCUAAUUAAACUGGCUUCCAUUGUUUUCCAUUUCAGGGGUUGAUGGGCGAAAUGGGUAUUAAGCUACUCCCAAGUCGAACGGUGCAAUAUCCACUGUGUUUUCAGUGUGUUUCCACAUAGUUUUGUAUUCUUGGCUUGUUUCUAACUUUUGUACCAUUUUGUAGGUUGUCUAUAUGAUGUCACAGCAAAAAAAAAAAGAGGUCUGUUUUUGUUCCAGUCUGUAAAUAAAUAUUCCAUUUAUACAAAAA